UGAGGCCUGAGAGACGGCCUCUGCCCCUCACUGCUCCUCCCGCUCCUUAGGUCAACAUUUAUGUGUCCUAGACCUAGAGAGGUCCCAGGACACGCCACUGUCCCGCCUUCCCCACUGCCCGCCCCACUGGCCAGUCCCCACGCCCACACACCCAAGGCUGCCCCAUCUGGCGCUGAUUAUCCUGCUGCUGCCGCCACCGCUGCUGCUGCUCUGCAAAAUUCAGCUGCUGCCUCUGUCUUGAGGACCCCAGCGCCUUUCCCCGGGGCCAUGCUGCCUGCAGCCACAGCCUCCCUCCUGGGGCCCCUCCUCACUGCCUGGGCCCUGCUACCUUUUGCCCAGGGCCAGACCCCCAACUACACCAGACCCGUGUUCCUGUGCGGAGGGGAUGUGAAGGGGGAAUCAGGUUACGUGGCAAGUGAGGGGUUCCCCAACCUCUACCCCCCUAAUAAGGAGUGCAUCUGGACCAUAACGGUCCCCGAGGGCCAGACUGUGUCCCUCUCAUUCCGAGUCUUCGACCUGGAGCUGCACCCCGCCUGCCGCUACGAUGCUCUGGAGGUCUUCGCUGGGUCUGGGACUUCCGGCCAGCGGCUCGGACGCUUUUGCGGGACCUUCCGGCCUGCGCCCCUAGUCGCCCCCGGCAACCAGGUGACCCUGAGGAUGACGGCGGAUGAGGGCACAGGAGGACGAGGCUUCCUGCUCUGGUACAGCGGGCGGGCCACCUCGGGCACUGGGCCCCCCCCAGGCGCGAGGCGGAAAUGGGUCACCGACCCGCGGGUGGAAUGGGCGGCCUGGGGUUACUGGGACGAGCACCAAUUUUGCGGGGGGCGGCUGGAGAAGGCCCAGGGAACCCUGACCACGCCCAACUGGCCAGAGUCCGAUUACCCCCCGGGCAUCAGCUGUUCCUGGCACAUCAUCGCGCCCCCGGACCAGGUCAUCGCGCUGACCUUCGAGAAGUUUGACCUGGAGCCGGACACCUACUGCCGCUACGACUCGGUCAGCGUGUUCAACGGAGCCGUGAGCGACGACUCCCGGAGGCUGGGGAAAUUCUGCGGCGACGCAGUCCCGGGCUCCAUCUCCUCCGAAGGGAAUGAACUACUCGUCCAGUUCGUCUCAGAUCUCAGUGUCACCGCUGACGGCUUCUCAGCCUCCUACAAGACCUUGCCGCGUGGCACUGCCAAAGAAGGGCAAGGGCCCAGCCCCAAACCGGGAACUGAGCCCAAAGUCAAGCUGCCCCCCAAGUCCCAACCUCUGGAGAAAAAAGAGGAAACUCCUUCAGCCCCCGAUGCACCCACCUGCCCAAAGCAGUGCCGCCGGACAGGCACCUUGCAGAGCAACUUCUGUGCCAGCAGCCUGGUGGUGACUGCGACAGUGAAGUCCAUGGUUCGGGAGCCAGGGGAGGGCCUCACCGUCACUGUCAGUCUUAUUGGUGCUUAUAAAACUGGAGGACUGGACCUGCCUUCUCCACCCACUGGUGCCUCCCUGAAGUUUUACAUACCUUGCAAGCAGUGCCCCCCCAUGAAGAAAGGAGUCAGUUAUCUGCUGAUGGGCCAGGUAGAAAAGAACAGAGGCCCCGUCCUUCCUCCAGAGAGCUUUGUGGUUCUCCACCGGCCCAACCAGGACCAGAUCCUCACCAACCUAAGCAAGAGGAAGUGCCCCUCCCAACCUGUGCGGGCUGCUGAGUCCCAGGACUGAGACACAGGGCAGCCCCAGCCCCUAGCCCUCAGGCCUUCUUUCUUAUCCAAAUAAAUGUUUCUUAACGA